AACUUCCUUAAAGGAUUCCAUUGGUGGCAGAUAAGAUCGAAUCUAUUUAUGGAUGCAUUUACCUCGGAUAGGAAGAGAUAACAAACAUAACUUCCUUCAACGAUCCCAUUGGUGGCAGAUAAGGGCAGAAUCAGUAUAUAUUGUAUAGCAUUAAAGAACGCAAUCACACGUUUGAAUACUAGCAUCUUGUGGCGGCAUUGCGACUUACUACUAAGACAUCUCUAUCAAGAUAACAAUUGAUGUCCGCAUGAUGAAGGCAUUGGUGAUAUUUGUGAUUGUGUGUGUCGUAAACUGUUCAGCUAACCCUGUGGCUGGAAACCAUUCGCAUGUGGAUGGAGAGGCUUUUAAAACCAACAAAAUACUAAUGGGGGACGAGGAGCUGUACAUAGUCACCGCUGCGGAUGGAACACCUUUGACAACCAUUGAUGUUUUCAAUGAUGAGGGAUAUGAAAUCGAGCUAAAUCCAGAUGGCAGCAAGUGUCGCCUUAGCCAGGUUCACGACAACAGUUCAUGCUUCGAAGAGCUACCACUUGCGGACGAUGAGCCGAUUUCAGCGCGUAUUUCUGACCGUUGCAAAGGCAGAGAGAUCGUGACCUUGAAACCAGUGGAUUGCGACGCUAAGUCCAGUUUCAAAGGAGAAGCAGCCAUUCGUGAAAAACGGCGGGUCGGCCCGUGCCGUUUAACGACCUAUCGCACCGUUUGCGUGACACGGUGCUGCUUUUACAGGAUGUGCAUCGUGCAGGUUUCGGUGAUAAUCUUCUGGUGUUAAUUCAAGAGUUUCGCACGACAGAUACCAGAAUAGACAAAAUGAACCACUGAUUUGCUUAAUAACAACUAUUCUGAUUUUUAAAACACAUUAUUGCAUCAAAUUACAACUUGUCCUAGAUCUUAUUUGUAUACGUUGAUUUGUAUAAUUAUGACUGUACUGCUUAUAAUGUAUCGUGCUUUUCAUAUUUCUGUUGAUUGGUUUCUGACAUAAUACUUAUAUUUUCUACUCACUGCUUUGGCGUCAAUACUAUACUUGAUUCAUAACGACUUUACUUUAUCUUUGUUUUUUUAUAAACCAUAAACAUUCCGAAAUUGUAUUAUAAGGAAAUAAACACUGUUCCGAAAAUAGUUUUGCUGAAUAUGUUAUCGUUAUAAAAUCCUAUUGCAAAACAUUCGCAUUAAAUAUACUUGAACUGU